UUCACUGCAUCAUGACGAACCUGUUUGGCGCUGGAAUCUCUCUUAAUUACCUCCCGAACGCAAUUAUAAUCCAUUUCUCUACCACCUGACGCACUGAUAACAACACUAUCCUUUAUAAAAAAAACAUUUCCAAUAUCAGAUGACAUUGGAAUAACUGAAGAUACAUUCUCAUUAUUUAUCUUCUUUUAAAGACCAAAAUGAAAAUAUUGUACAGAGCAGAUAUAGAAGAUUGAUUCUAUAAGUCUAUGGUAGAAUUCCUAUGAUAUAUUUACUCUGAAAUGUGUUAUUAGCAAACUUUGUGGACAUCACCGGCUGGAGUGUCUACAAGAUGAGUCUGGUUGCAAAUUAAACUUGGAUAAAUUUACUAAAGAGUAUUCAGACAAAAGUAACACUGGACAGAAAUACAGCAGUUGAAAUUUUUGUAAAUAAAAGACUAUAGAAGGAAAAAGAAGAAAAAAAUAUAUGUUGUGAAUUUCAAAGAGGGAUAAUGGAAAAGAGUAAGAAAUUAAAGGAUCUAACUUUUCCAGAAGCUAGAGAAACAAAGAGACGAAAAUUGUCACAUAACUGUGAUGUCUGUGAAAGGUCCUUCUCUCAAGAGAGUCACUUGAUUAUGCACAAAUGUGUUCAUGCAGUAGAGAAGCCAUUUUACCGUGACAAACCCAUUCAUACAGGGAAGAAACCAUUUCACUGUGAUAUCUGUGGUAAAUCAUUCUCUAAAAAGUUUUACUUGAUCACACACCGACGUAUUCAUACAGGAGAGAAGCCAUUUCAUUGUGACAUCUGUGGUAAAUCAUUCUCUAAAAAAAUUUACUUGACUACACACAAACGUAUUCAUACAGGGGAGAAGCCAUAUCAUUGUGAUGUCUGUGGUAAAUCAUUCUCUCACCCAAGUGAUUUAAAUUCUCACAAACGCGUUCAUACAGGAGAGAAGCCAUAUCAGUGUAACAUCUGUGGUAAAUCAUUCUCUAACCGAAGUACUUUAAAUUCUCAUAAGCUUAUUCACACAGGGGAAAAACCAUAUUCCUGUAAUAUCUGUGGUAAAUCAUUUUCUGGCUACACUGGUUUAACUCAUCACAAACGUAUUCAUACAGGAGAGAAGCCAUAUCAAUGCAACAUCUGUAACAAAUCUUUCUCUGUCAGUAGUACCCUGACUAGUCACAAACGUACUCAUACAGGAGAGACACCAUAUUCUUGUGAUAUCUGUGGAAAAUCAUUCUCCAGAAUUGACAACUUAGCUACUCACAAACGUAUCCAUACAGGAGAGAAGCCAUAUCAAUGUGAUGUUUGUGAUAAAUCUUUCUCUCGAAGUGGUACCCUAAUUGCUCACAAACGUAUUCAUACAGGAGAGAGACCAUAUUCUUGUGAUAUCUGUGGUAAAUCAUUCUCUCGAAAUGGCACCUUAGCUACUCAUAAACGUGUUCAUACAGGAGAGAAGCCAUAUCAUUGUUAUAUCUGUGGUAAAGCAUUCUCUGUGAGUUCUGACUUAUCUGAACACAAACAUAUCCAUACAGGAGAGAAGCCAUAUCACUGUGAUAUCUGUGGUAAAUUAUUCUCCUCAAAUACUUGCUUGACUAGACACAGACGUGUUCAUACCGGAGAGAAGCCUUAUCACUGUGAUGUGUGUAGUACAUCAUUCUCUAAUCGAAGUGCUUUAAAUUCACAUAUACGUGUCCAUACAGGGGAGAAACCAUUUCGCUGUGACAUUUGUGGUAAACCAUUCUCUGUAAGUGGUAAAUUGACUAGACACAAACGUAUUCAUACUGGAGAGAAACCAUAUCACUGUGAUGUCUGUGGUAAAUCAUUCUCUGACCAAAGUGAUUUCGGUCGUCACAAACGUGUUCAUACAGGAGUGAAGCCAUAUCAGUGUAACAUCUGUAGUAGAUCGUUUGCUGACCAAAGUUAUUUAUAUUCUCACAAACGUACUCAUACAGGGGAGAAACCAUAUUCCUGUAAUAUCUGUGGUAAAUCAUUCCCUCGCAACUCUGCUUUGACUGAACAUAAACGUAUUCAUACAGGAGAGAAGCCAUAUCCCUGUAUCAUCUGUAACAAAUCUUUUGCUGCCAGUAGUAACCUAACUACCCAUAAACGUAUUCAUACAGGAGAGAAGCCAUAUGACUGUGAUAUCUGUGGUAAAGCAUUUUCUCAGAGUUGUGCUUUAAGUAGUCACAAGCGUAUUCAUAAAGGUGACAAGCCAUUUCACUGUGAUAUCUGUGGCAGAUCAUUUUCUCAGAGUUCUAAUUUAACAGGUCACAAACGUACUCAUACAGGAGAGAAGCCAUAUCACUGUGAUACCUGUGGUAAAUCAUUCGCUCAAAGUGGUACCUUAGCUUCUCACAAGUGUAUUCUUACAUGAGAAAAGUCUUUACUCUGUAAGUGGUGACUUAACCCUUUACCAUGCAAAUUAUUCUGUCGAAUAUGAUGUUUAUUUAUACAAAUUAUUUUCAGUUUGUCAUGCAUUAACUCACAGUUUUCAAAUUUUAAUGAUGUGAUUGUGUAUUUACAGAAAGACAUUGUAGGGUAGGUGUAAGAGGCCAUUUCUGGGAAGUUUGAACGUAAAAUAUGUAGUAUAUUUGGGCUAGAGAUGGCUGGUUUAAAUGCUAAAGGGUUAACACUAAAAGUAUCAACAUUUCUUUCUUCUUAAAAAGACCAUAAUGGUCAUUUUUGACUGUCAUUGAAAAUCUUAUUUCAUACAAUUUAUUUUAAAUAUCAGCAAAUGCAAUGAAUAAAGGAUUUGAAAAUACAGUCUUUUAGCAUUUAUUUACAUGCAAAAAAUAUAUAUCUAUACACAUAUAUGAAAUGAUGCUUAUGAUUGCACCAUUCAAUACAGUUGUAGAAAUUAAAAAGUAAAAAGCAAAAGUGGUGAUAAAUGACCACUUGGUACUUCUAGUGUUAACUAAAUGUGUAUUUAUUCAUAUAUGUAUAUGACUAUCAAUGUGACAAUUCCUAUGAACAAGAAGCAUUUUGACCUUCUCCUAAAAUGGUUGUAGUAUUGCAGGCAUUCUGCAUGGCAAUAACCAAGCUACUCAUCAGGGAAUUGCUGUAAUUGUCAGAGUUCCUUCUAUGCCAAAAAAAAAGAGAAGAGGGGCACUCUCUCUAACUGUAAAAGUAUUCACACGGGAGUCAUCAUCGUUUAACGUCCGCUUUCCAUGCUAGCAUGGGUUGGACGACUUGACUGAGGACUGGUGAAACCGGAUGGCAACACCAGACUCCAAUCUAAAUUUGGCAGAGUUUCUACAGCUGGAUGCCCUUCCUAACGCCAAAUGCAGAUAGAAAUUGUCCAAUCCAUGCCAGCAUGAUGAUGAUGAUGAUGAUAUACACAUAUAAUGUAGGAAGCAUGUUGUCUACCCAGGUAUUCAUCUUAAAAUUAUAUCAAAUGAGAAGACUUGUUGAGGCAUGUGUCAUGUAAUGGUGCCUCUGCCAGUGACACAUACAGCCACCUAUUACACUCGGAGUGGUUGGUGUUAUAAAGGGCAACCGUCAAGAAUAUGCCAGAGGAGAUAAGAUCACAACCGAAGCUGCCCAACACACAGAACCAACCCAUGAACAUGCUACAGAAUUUCAACUAUGAUACAACUUCCACUGUUCCAGAUAGAGUCAGUUAAAAUUUGUCAAACCAGUUACUUCACAAUAUGUAAGACAUUUGCCAUGUAUUUUUAUAAGGGGUUGUAAUAAAUAACAGUUGCAUUGAA